AUGUCGCGAUUUUUCCGAGGCGGGAACGACAGUUCCAGCGACUCCUCGUCCGACGAGGAAGACCUUUACUCCGAAGAGGAAGAACUUGAGCAGCAGAAAGCCGAAGACGACUCUGAUGAGGACUCGUCGGAGGAGGAAGAUGAGGAUGAGGACGAUAGCUCCGACGACUCCGAUGACGGACAGAAACAGGGUAAAUCUCGUUUCUUGAAGGGCGACUUCAGCGACAGCGACGAGAGCGACGAGGAAGUCCGAGGCAAAGUGCUCAGCGCCAAGGAUAAGCGCUUCGAGGAACUCGAGAGCGUCAUCAAGCUGAUCGAAAACGCCAAGAAGAUCGAUGACUGGGGUUCCAUUGCGACUGAGUACGACAGACUCAACCGACAGGUCCUCAAGGUCCAAGAUGCCGGCAAGGCCCCGAAGCAGUAUAUCCGAGCGGUUGCCGACCUCGAGGAUUUCAUGAACGAGUCCCUCGCUAAGCAAAAGGUCACGCCCAAGAAGAUGAACGCGACGAGCGCCCGUGGCUUGAACGCUGUCAAGCAGAAGCUCCGCAAGCAGAACAAGGAAUAUCAGGACCAGAUCGACGCGUACCGGGCUGAUAACGAUGCGUUCAUGGAGUCUGAUGAGGAGGAGGUGAAGCCCGUCGUCAAGGCGCCCAAGGCGGUCAUAUACCCCGCCGACGAUGCGGCCGAACCCACAGACGAUGAUGCCGGGUUCGUUACCUACGAGAGGCGCGGAAAGUCGGUCAACUACACUCCCGAAAGCAUCUUCAAGCACCUCCGAACCAUCAUGGAAAGCCGUGGUAAGAAGAACACGGAUAGGUUGGAGCAGAUCAAGAUCAUGGAAAAGCUUCUUGACAUUGCCGUUACUCCUUACCAGAAGAUCCGUGUCCUCCUGACUAUCGUGUCCACCCGCUUCGAUCUUGGCUCCGGCGUGGCGACCUCGACGCCUCUAGAGCACUGGAAGUCCGCUGAAAAGGAGUUGUCGCUCCUUUUCAAGGUCUUGGCAGAGAACCCUGAAUACAUUGUCGUUGAGAAUGCCGAGGAAUGGGACGAUGACGAUAAGCCUCCCACCAUCAAGGAAGGCGAGAAGUACAUCAAGGUGCCCGGCAGCGUGGUUUCCUACAUUGAGAGGCUUGACGAUGAGCUCGUCCGCUCUCUUCAGAGCAUUGAUCCCCACACCUCUGAGUACAUUGAGCGACUCCAGGAUGAGGGCUCCCUGUACAACAUCAUCUUCCGCGGUAUGCUCUACUACGAGACGCUCCGCAAGGAUGCGUCUCUCGAUGUCCCCCAGGACAGCAUCAACCGAAUCGUCAUGAGGCGGUUGGAGCACGUUUACUUCAAGCCUAGUCAAGUUGUCAAGAUUAUUGAGGAGAAUAGCUGGACGGCGGCUGGCGAUGGUGUCGAGUCAGCCAUCACGCCCAAGGCGGCGGUUGCCGAUCCCACCGACCUCGUCCAGGUUCUUUCCAACUACCUCUUCAACAACAGCGAGGGUAUCAUCCGAGCUCGUGCCAUGCUGUGCCAUGUCUACUUCCUCGCUCUCCACGGCGAUUACUACAAGGCUAGGGAUAUGUCGCUCAUGUCCCAUUUGCAAGAGACUAUCCCCAACUUCGACAUCCAAACCCAGAUUCUCUACAACCGCACAGUUGUGCAGGUGGGACUCUGCGCGUUCCGCAAAGGCCUCGUGUACGAUGCGCAGAACACCCUGCAGGAGGUCUGCGGCAGCGGCCGACAGAAGGAGUUCCUUGCCCAGGGUGUAAUUAUCCAGAGGCACAGCCAAAUCUCGCCUGAGCAAGAAAAGUUGGAGAAGCAAAGGCAACUCCCCUUCCAUAUGCACAUCAACCUAGAGCUUCUCGAGUGCGUGUACCUCACUUGCAGCAUGCUUCUCGAGAUUCCCCUUCUCGCGCAGACCGGAUCAUCUCCCGAUAUCAGGAAGCGAGUGAUCAGCAAGACGUAUCGUCGCAUGCUUGAAUACCACGAGCGACAGAUCUUCACCGGACCUCCCGAGAACACGCGUGACCACGUGAUGCAGGCGUCGAAGGCACUCGCGGCCGGCGAGUGGAAGAAGGCCAUCGCGUUCAUCCACGCCAUCAAGAUCUGGGACCUGAUGCCGAGCGCGGAGGACAUCAAGGCGAUGCUCGCCAAGCAGAUCCAAGAGGAGGGUCUCCGAACCUAUCUUUUCACCUAUGCCCCUUUCUACGACACCCUCUCCGUCUCGACGGUCAGCGAUAUGUUUGAGCUUGAUGCGGCCAAGGUGUCGGCCGUUGUGAUGAAGAUGAUGAGCCACGAGGAACUCUCGGCCUCUCUCGACAACACGGCCUCGACCAUCAUUUUCCACAAGGGCGUCGAGCUCAGCAGGCUCCAGGGACUGUCUCUGGCGCUCUCCGACAAGGCCAGCGCGCUCAUCGAGACCAACGAGCGCACCCUCGAGCACAGGACGCAGGGCUCUGCCAACGCGUUCGAGAGGCAAGGCGGCCGAGGCGGCCGGGGAGGUGCCAGGCGCGGUGGUGGUCGCGGUGGCGGUGGCGGUCCUAGGGAGGUGGCCACACGCAACGCCAGGCUGGUGGCACACAGUUCACGGGCGGAGCGUUGGGUGCGGCUCACGGGCGGCUUACGCUUCAGGCUGUCAACCGCCAUCACCGCCCAAAGGACCAUGUCUUCUUCCUCUGUCGGCGCCGCUGCCGACGCCGACGCCGACGUGUGUCGCGCCAGUAGUUCGGAGACGAAGACGGAAAAGAAAGGCAUGAGCGUGGAGGAGUUUCGAAUUUACAACGGCCUGGCGGCGAGAAUGGAUAUUUUUCACAACCACUUCCGGUCCGCGUGGAAAAUGUUCGAGGCCGCCUGCCAAAGCAGGGGAGCGCCCGCGGGCAUGAGCAAGAACCGCUUCAUCCUCCACGCGCUCACCUUUGCCAGAGGGGCCGCCCGCGAGGGCGGACGGGCGGAGCUGCUUACGCAGCACGACGUCAUCCACGAGGGGCUUGAAGGGUUCCAGGCGUACCUGGAGGCGUGCCAGUACGGGGAUGAGGAGCUGGACUGGGUCGUGCUGCGGACCAAGAUGGAGGGGUGGGGGACUGUGCUGUGGGAGCACCUGGACCAAGAAGUCGAGACGCUGCGGGCGGCUAACAUGAAGAAGUACUGGACGGAAGAGGAGAUGAUGGAGCUGUCGGGAAUAUGA